UUUUUUUUUUUUUUUUUUGCAGAGACUGGGCGAGUGAAGUUGUGCUUCAUUUUUAGAGUUUACACAGGGAGAGCUGCAGCACAGCACGUCGCUACACGCAGGGAGGAGCGGAGAAGAGGGCAGAAGUUUCCGCUGGCUUGUUUUGUCACCGCGGGGCUGCUGGUGGUCAAUCCGCAGGAAUGUCGCACAAGGAGAGACCCGUUUUUUACCGACAGGAGCUCAACAAAACCGUGUGGGAAGUCCCGCAGCGCUAUCAGAACCUGUCUCCGGUCGGCUCCGGUGCUUACGGAUCCGUGUGCUCGGCGUUCGACGAGAAGACGGGCCUCAAGGUGGCGGUGAAGAAGCUGUCCAGACCUUUCCAGUCCAUCAUCCACGCAAAGAGAACGUACAGAGAGCUGCGGCUGCUCAAACACAUGAAGCACGAGAACGUAAUCGGACUCUUAGAUGUUUUCACGCCUGCAACCAGCUUAGAGGAGUUCAACGAUGUAUAUCUGGUGACGCACCUCAUGGGAGCAGAUCUAAACAACAUUGUCAAGUGUCAGAAGCUGACAGACGACCACGUCCAGUUUCUCAUUUACCAGAUCCUCAGAGGCUUAAAGUACAUCCACUCAGCAGAUAUAAUCCAUAGAGACUUAAAGCCCAGUAAUCUGGCUGUUAACGAAGACUGUGAGCUUAAGAUCCUUGACUUUGGUUUGGCGCGGCAUACAGACGACGAGAUGACGGGAUACGUAGCGACGCGGUGGUAUCGAGCCCCAGAGAUCAUGCUCAACUGGAUGCACUACAACAUGACGGUGGAUAUCUGGUCGGUUGGAUGCAUCAUGGCGGAGCUGCUUACAGGACGGACGCUCUUCCCAGGCACAGACCAUAUAAACCAGCUGCAGCAGAUAAUGCGCCUGACGGGGACUCCCCCAGCCUCCCUCAUAAGCAGGAUGCCCAGCCAUGAGGCAAGGAACUACAUUAACUCGCUUCCUCACAUGCCCAAGAGGAACUUCGCUGAUGUGUUCCUUGGCGCCAACCCUCUUGCUGUAGACUUGCUGGAGAAAAUGCUGGUGCUGGACACAGACAAGCGGAUCACGGCGUCGGAAGCGCUGGCGCACCAAUACUUCUCUCAGUAUCACGAUCCAGACGACGAGCCCGAAGCGGAGCCCUAUGACCAGAGCUUCGAAAGCCGCGACCUGGAAAUCGAGGAGUGGAAGAGCCUAACCUAUGACGAGGUAGUCAGCUUUGAGCCGCCACCUUUAGACGAUGAGAUGGAAUCCUGAGUGGGGAAACGCCUUUUUUUCCUUUUUGUUUAGUUCUUUUAUUAUUCUUUUUUAUUUCAAAGGAACACUCUUAAAACUAUCAAUCACA